UUAAUCUAGUGAUGUUGACAUCUUUCGACUAUUAAAUUUUUCAUAAAAAAAAUCUUCAUGGACAUGUUUAGGUAAUAUCAACCAGAGUUUUUACAUCAAAAUUGUGGUCGUGCAGUGAAUACAAUACCCUUUUUACAAAAAUCAUCUACAGAAUGUCGGUAUUGACCAGAAGAAUUUGCGAGGCGAUUCGAAAAGGGAGCCCUAUAAGCAGUCAAUAUUCAUUAGAAAAUUUGUUGAACGAUGAGAACAUUCCGAAAACAAUCGCCAGAUUACGUGGUUUGAAGCCGGUGAGAUUACAAACUCAAGAGCCGGUUAAAAAAGCUGGCAUUCUAAUUCCCGUUUGCGUAAUUGAGGGGAAAGUGUCAUUAUUAUACAUAAGACGUCCAUGUCGUUUAACGUCGUUCAAAGAAGUAGUAAAUUUUCCCGGUACCGCUCAGAAACCCGAACAUAGGAAUUUACUCGAGGCGACGCUCAUAGAAACCCAACGUCUUGUUGGUUUAAAGCCGCCUAAUAUAACAAUCUGGGGUACGGGUAACUUGAUCGUCGCCAGACGUGAAUUUUCCUAUUUACCGAUUGUUGGACAAAUCGAUCAGAAUAUCGAUUUCCGUGCCCUGAAAAUCCACGACGACGUUCACGACCUCUUCACGAUCCCGGUGGAGGAUCUGUGCACUUCGAAGCAAAACGGCUAUACUCAAUUCAGAGACGGCUUCGCAUCGCCGGUGUUCCUGGGAGGUGAAAAGAGAAUCUGGGGAUUAACAGCAUUACUUACCAAUAUGUUUUUGAAGUCGUUGGUGCACAAUCCGGCCUACACACAUAAGAUCAAAACUGUACCAGAAGUAAGAAGACUACAGAACAAAUACGCUUACGUAGACCGAUAAAUAAUGACGUCAAAUUGAUGUAAAUCUUUUUAAUAAAAAUCACAUUUUUCUCAUCCGACAA